GAUAUUCGUCCGGUGUGACGCCAGGAGGUCAGACCUUUAUAUAUUAUUUUUUAGUUUGUGUUUUUAUUUUGGCUGGGGGGAGGGGGAAUAAAGGAGGAAGUAAAAUUCUCUCGAAUUGCCAAGUUUGUGGGUUUCUAUUCCUGUUCGUGCGAAGAAGUCAGCCGACGUGUUGAAGACUGAGCGGCCGGUUGCGGCUAUUGAUUGGUAUUUGAAAUAAUGGCCGCGCUUUACGCUUGUACCAAGUGCCACCAGCGAUAUCCGUUCGAGGACCUCUCCCAGGGCCAGCAGCUGUGUAAGGAGUGUCGGAUAGCACAUCCAGUAGUCAAGUGUACAUACUGCAGAACUGAAUUCCAACAAGAAAGCAAAACCAACACAAUAUGCAAGAAAUGUGCACAAAAUGUGAAGCAGUUUGGAACACCCAAACCCUGUCAAUAUUGUAACAUUAUCGCAGCCUUCAUUGGUACCAAGUGUCAACGUUGUACAAAUUCAGAGAAGAAGUAUGGGCCACCACAGACAUGUGAACAGUGCAAACAGCAGUGUGCCUUUGAUCGAAAAGAUGAGAGUCGACGAAAGGUAAUGGAAGUUGAUGGAAAACUACUUUGUUGGCUCUGUACACUUUCAUAUAAACGUGUUCUGCAGAAAACAAAAGAACAGAGAAAGAACUUGGGCUCUCACUCCUCUUCGUCUUCAACUUCAUUACCAGAAAAAGAUCUCUCUAAACAUCACCAUAGUACUAGUCGUCACAAAAUUGGCAGCCUAAGUCCAGAGCAGCAGCAUGGAGUUUGGAAAAUGAGCCAUAAGUCGUCGUCAACUAGUAUUCAAAAUGAAGCUCCAAAGAAAAAGCCAAAACUUGAAACAAAGCCCUCCAAUGGAGACAGCAGCUCAUUAACCCAGUCAAUGGAUUCUGGUGGGACAGACAACUUUGUAAUAAUCAACCAAUUAAAGGAAGAAGUGAUGUCUUUGAAAAGGCUUCUGCAGCAGAAAGAGCAGACUAUCUUGGAAAGAGAUAAAAAGCUGACUGAGUUGAAGGCAGAUUUUCAAUACCAGGAAUCUAAUCUUAGAGCAAAAAUGAACAACAUGGAAAAAGCACACAAAGAUGCGGUGGAACAGCUACAGGCCAAAAAUCGAGAAUUAAUGAAACAAGUUGCAGCAUUAUCCAAGGGUAAAAAGAUAGAGAAGACUGGAAAUGUUCUGCUGUCUCCUUGAAGGGUUCCUUGACAUGAAAAUAUCAUGAAAAUAAAAGCAAAUACUGCCAUGGUAGUAGAAGUUACUGUGAAGUCGUUUCAUUUAGAAAAUGCACCCUGAUUGUUUUCCAAGUGGUUAGAUUUUUUUUUUUAAACUAGCAAUAAGAAACUGUACACUUCAGAGAGGAUUAAUGAUAGGUUAUAAAAUAUCAAAUCCCUUUUAUUAUCACCUUGAAUUUGAAUGUUUUAAAAAAGGGAAGGUAAAUGAAGAUUAAUAAAACUUUUGUCUAUUGUAACCUUCUGCAAAUUGCCCUAUUUCCUUGCAAUAAAAAUCUAAAGCGUCACUUUUUUUGACAAGGCAAAUGUUAGUUUUACAGUAAAACAUUUGUACAGAAAAUCUGAGGUCUGACAAAUUUAUUCCUGCUAAUUAAGUGUUCCUCUAAUUCUGUAAGAAAUGCUAGUGGGAACCUGGGAAAGGAUUUGUUUAUAAUGGGGUUCAAAAGCAAAAUAUAAAUUAAUUUCCUAUUUUGAGCAGUGUAAAUAUCUUUCUACAGUUUGUCUAUAGAAUAUGCUUUAUGCAAAUCAAAACCAUUAGAAUGUAUAAAAAUGUAUACUGAAGACUCUAAUUUGCCUUUGCAGUCAAUUUUUCCAAUGCUUGUAGAAUUCAAAACAGUUGUUGUUUCUGAUACAUUUAACUGACAUUAGAAAUGUUUGAGUGGGAAAACUUUUUUUUUCAGCAACAUUUCAUCUUUCUUCCAUCUUAAUUGAUGAAUGUGUUCCAGCGUAUGUGCAAAAAUUGUUUGUUUGAUUGAAGGGUAGUGUAGUAUAUGCAUAAUAGAUCUGAAAUAAUUGAGAUCUUCCUAGAGGGAGGACACAAUUUGUUUCACAUACUUUUCAUUGAAGAGCAAGUCCACUUAUUGAUGUCAUAAUUGUUUCAAUCUCCAUCCAGAAAAGUAUGCUGUCAUUCAUUUCUCUUCGUGUACAUCAAAAUGCAAAUUGAGUUAAUCCUGACUAAAUGUUCUAUUGUGAAAUCAUACAUUCUUUUCUAUUUUUAACAUGCAUGGAUUUCAUCCAGUGUGUGGUUAGAGUUGGAUUUGUGCCUUAGAGAAGUUAGCAUGAACUCACUCUACACCUUUUUAAAAUAAAUGUUAAGUUUACAGUGCUAGAGAUAAAUAAUUGCUGUAAAAAGAAAUUCAAAUUGCGUAACUUUUUUCUGAGCGAUCUCUAUCAUUGUUGACAUGAUCCUAUACUAAUAAGGCUGUAGCAUGUUAACAUGUUCACAGAUUUAUUUCAUAUAACUUAUAUGGCAAGCUGUUCACUCAAAUUAUUUCUAACUCAGCUAUUUGUAUAAAGCAAAAAUGCCAAUUGUGUAUAAAAAUAAAUUUUGUAUGAUUAUUAAAUACUUAGCCUUUAAUAAGAUUAGAUUUUCAUGUAAAGGUGCUAUUUAAAAACAGGAAAUGGUCAACAUAUUUAACUAUUGGACUUGUGGUAUGAUUUGAUUUCAUUUGGAAAACCUAUUCAAAUUUUCUACGUUUUAAUAUUUCAUACAUUUUUGUUAAAUGACCCCUGAGUAAAAACUCAGCAUUGUCUCAAAAUUAUUUUUUGUGAGAUGGAUGGUAACAAUGUUAGAGGAGAAAGAAAGCAAAAUGAACUUCAAUGGCAUUCAGUCACAUGUGUAAUACUUGUGCAUAUAACAACUUGAUGGUUAACAGGCUUGUAUAAAUAAUCUUUUACUUCUGGUUGUAGAAAAGUUCUUUAUAUGUACAGCCUUUGUUUACAAUUCAAUCAAUUUGUAAUUUAAGAAUUCCUACCUUGCAUUCUGAAGAUUCUAUUCUCAUCCGUCUUUUGUUGACCAGUAUUCUCAACCAGCAUGAAGUUGAGUAGGUCAUUUAAAGCUAUGCAUUUCAAUCCUAUUUAAAAAAAAAAAUGUCAACAGUGUAAUUUUUUUUGGUGACUGUACAAUUCAAGUUUAUUUAUUCUAUCUCAGGCUGAUGCAGUUAGUACUUGAUAAUGUCACCAUGCAAUUUUAAGAACAGGCUUUAAAACUUCUAGCAGAUAACUCUUCAUAAUGGGCAUUAUAGAAAAAUAAUUAUAACUUUUAUUUCAAUUCUCUUGAUUUCUUAGCAAUGUUUGAUAACAUGUUAUUCCAUGUACAAGCAUGGUUAAUCCUAGGGUCUAUGAAUUACCUCCCCUAGAGCUCAUGUAUACUUGAUUUAAGAACAUAAUUUUAUAACCAGUUGAUGAGAACACUUUGUAUUUUGUGUAUAAACAGGAACAUAUUACAAAAUUUGGUAGAACUGAAUUGGCAGAAUAUAUGACUAUGUAAAUUGUCAUCGACCUCUACCAGUAACAGUGCCUUGUCAUUCUGGAAUUGGCAUAUGUUCUAUAGCUAUAAUACUACAUUACCAUUUGUAUAUAAUGCUUUGCUAAUGCAGUAGUUUACUUAUUUAUAAUUCUGCAAUUUUCUUUUCAGUGAUUCCAUGUUUUGAAACUACAUUUUAAUCAUGUAAUUCCAUGUUUUUUCACAGACUAAUUCUAGUUGCAUUUUUUUGGUUAAUCCUUUGUUAAAAUAAGCCUUGAUCAGAUAUGUAUACAAUGUAAUUUGUAAAUUGGGGUGCAUAGAAUUCAGACUUCACAGUAUUUAAAGUUGGAUAGUGAAUUUGAAUCAUGUUUUGAAUUUUAAGAUUCUAAUAUUGUUUAUAUUGUUUUUACCUCCAUUUAUUACUUGAAAAUUCUAAGUUGUAAAAAAAGUCUGGGAUGUAUGCUUUCAACAACAGACAUAGACUUAUGCUUUUUAUUUUAAUUUGCAAAGAAGUCUCCUGUACAAGUGGUGAAACUGCAAGGUGAAAUUGUACUGUACUUCAUUUUCAUGUAACCAUAAGUGUAAGCUCAUUAAAUUGUAAUUUCUAAUGGAAUAGGAUUUAAGUCAAAACUGCCAGUUGUAUUUUAAAACCUUUUAAACUCUUGUACUUCCUCCCAUUUCCUCUUUGAGGAACUGUAUACAUGCUUGGAAUGUGUUCCUUAGAAUUUGUAAUUAUACACAGGAACAAUCUGAAUUCUAUAAUCAGAUAUUGGUCAAACUGAAAUUUUAUACUUGUUUUCUAAAUUUGGACAGUUUGAAAUAAAUCUUGUUUAACUACUUUGC